AUGCCGCACGGUGCAUUCUGCUUUUUUGCACUCUGGUGCGUAAGUGGGGUCUACACCGUGCGAUUUUGGUGACUUUUUGGUGCAAAGGUGUCAAAUCAGUGCUUUUAGCGUGCUGCACCAGUGCGACACCAAAAAAGCACCAAAACUGCACGACGCAGACUCCAGUUUCGCACCAGAGUGCAAAAAAGCAGAAUGCACCGUGCGCCAUCUUUGCCGAGUCGGAACAUUUCUAGUGACCACUUUAGCAUCGUCAGCGCUCCUAAGUGAUCCCUAG